UCUGCUUCUUUCCUGUUUGGGUUGAGCUGUUUCUUGCUCAACACAUCAAUCGUACUGUGGGAGAAAAAAGUUGCAGAGACAAAAGCAAUCAAUGAAUAAUCCUCAUUUUCACAUCUCGAUUACCAUCGAUUCGGGUAGAGAGAGAGUUUUGGAGAGAGAAAGGGAUUAUAGAAGCUCCAUGUCUCUCUCUUCACCGACAAAAAUGCAAGACCCAACCGACCAGAGCAGCUGUGUCCGCCGGCCCCACCGCGACGCGAGCCAUCAAGCUGGCGCUAAACCCCUUCGGCCACCCAUCAAACUCUACUCAGGCCAAGUCCGCCUCCGCCUGCUCUGCCACGUCAAGACCAUCGGCGGCGUGAUUGGGAGCUCCGGGAAAAUCAUCAAACAGUUGGAAUACGACACCGGCGCGAAAAUUAAAGUGGAACGUACGAUAUCCAGUUGCCAGGAGCGUGUAAUCAACAUCAUCGGCUAUCCGGCAAUUUACAAGAAGAUCACACUGGGCGAGGAGGAGUGCGAAGUAUCGCAGGCUCAGGAGGCUCUGGUUAGGGUUUUGGAGAGGGGUUUGGAGGUGGAAGGGGCUAAAGAAAGUGUCAUUGUUUGCAGAUUGGUUGCGGUGGUGGGUCAGAUUGGUGCGGUUAUAGGGAGAAGAGGGAGCAUUGUGGAAGAGAUUCGGAGAAAUACUGGCGCCAAAAUAUGGGUUAUUCCGGCGGAGCAGUUACCGGCUUGUGUUUCUCGGGCAGAUGGGUUGAUUCAGAUAAAGGGUGAUAUUUUGGCUGUCAAGAAGGCACUUGUUGCUGUUUCCGGCUGUCUUCAAGAUUUCCAGCCACUAACUGACACAUCUUCAUUUGGAGACUUUCCUGAUCGACAGACAGAGUUUCCUCCCCACCGUAGUCCUUCUCUGCCUCAAAUUCCCGGCAAUUUUACUGACCAUUCUUCAACUGACCAUUCAUUAUCAGCAGACACUAGCAGAAUCCCUAGCCCAAAUGAAGAAAGUACUCAACAAAAUGUUGUGUUUAGACUGCUCUGUUCUACUACUGCAGCUGGGGGUGUGAUUGGCCAGCGUGGUACCAUAAUCAGAGCUUUACAGAACGAAACUGGUGCUUCUAUAAAAUUUGCACCUCCUGUAGCCGGGUGCGAGGAACGCGUUGUCACUAUUUCCGGGUUGGAGAAACCAGAACCAUUUUAUUUCCCUGCACAAAUUGCUACUAUUCGUGUUUUCGCUAGAAUUAUGGAGGUUAGCAGUGAACUGGGUCUUGUAUCAGGCUUGAGUGAAGGGGAACAUGUAAGUGCGAGGCUUCUAAUUGCUUCAAACCAAGUCCGUUGUCUGAUUGAUGAAGGGAGAGUUGCUUCAGAUAUAAGUACCGUAUCUGGUGUUCAAAUACAAAUAGUGGAAGGGGACCUGGUUCCAAAUUGUGCUGCAGAAUAUGACCAAGUGGUACAGAUUACUGGUGAGUUUGGGAAUGUAAGAAGUGCUAUCUUUCAAGUUACUGCUAGAUUGAGGAAUAAUCUUUUUUCCAGUAAGGUGUUUGAUGGAGCUGGAGCCAGGGAUGAUUCUAACUCUGCAAUCUCUGAUUUGAGUCCCAAUGGAAAAGGGGAGGAGAAUACCUCUUCUGGAUUGGACCACCCAUCUGGACUUGCUCCUUUUGAUGACAAGAGGGCUUUGACACAGCGAAUGGGCCACCCUGGAGUUCUGCACAAUUUAACUUGUCCUCCUUCAACAAAGUUUUUGUCGACGCAGAUUAAGAGCAGUGGGAAUAAAACAGCCUAUGCAGAUAGUGAAAGAGGCCCCACAACUUCCAGGGGCAGGAUUGAGCACAGAAGUGUCAGACUUGCUGUUGUGACAAAUAGAGUUGUGGAAGUUGUGUUUCCUGAACAUGUUUUCAACUCCGUUUGUGGCGAGGAUGGUAGCAAUCUGGCUAAAGUAAAACAGAUUUCAGGAGCAACAGUCGUAGUGCAAGAUCUGUGUCCUGGUGCUAGUGAGGGGAAAGUCAUCAUAUCUGGGACGGCCGAGCAAACCAUGGUAGCACAAAGCCUGCUUCAAGCCUUCAUUUUAACUGUACAGUAACCCUAGAUCUCCUGUGUCACCGUUUAU